UUGACGGACUAGAAACACUACUCAACAAACAUGGCGCUGCCCGUGUUCAGAGGUUGCUGUCGUUUGUCAGUAUCUUUCAGAUUAAAUCGUUUAUUUACUGUAGACAGGUAUACUUUGAUCCGGAGUCAUAUACCGGGAUGUUCUGCCUUAGCUCCCCGCGUUUCGGUGACACUUUUUCGGCCUUACAGCUCCGACAGAGAGCCUCAAAAACAGAGACAAAAAGUGGUCGUAGUCGGUAUCCCCAACCCGUUCAUUUGGUUUCGGACCAAAAUUUACUAUUUUCUAAUAAGGGCAUACUUCGAUAAAGAUUUCACGAUUGAGGAGUUCACGGAAGGAGCUAAACAGGCUUUCACACACGUUUCCAGACUUCUGUCACAAUGUCAGUUUGAAGCUUUAGAAGGGCUUGUAGCAAAAGAUCUCAUUGCAAAAUUAGAAGAAAAAUGUAACUUAUUGCCUUCACAUUACAAGAAGGCUCUUUUGGCAGAUCCAGAUGAGAUUAUGUACACUACUCCUGGAGACGUGGGCAUUUACUAUGAUGACAGCGGACGGAAGUUUGUAAGUAUCCUCAUGCGUUUCUGGUACUUAACCAGUGCAAGACUUCCAGAAGACUCUUUGGAGGGAACCCGCGUUUUCCAAGUCGCUCUCGGAGAAGAAGGAGAGGCUGAGACAAAGAGGCUCCUGACUGCAAACUAUGAAUUUCAACGUGAAUUCACCAAAGGAGUUGACCCAGACUGGACCAUCACACGGAUAGAGCACUCCAAGCUUUUGGAAUAAAGUUUUCAUUAUAGCCAUUUUGUUGUCAUUUCAACUACUC